CUCUGAUCCCUUCGUCUCGCUAUUGACUAUCCUCCACAUUACACAUUUACUUGGAUUCUCCAUCAAAUACACAAGCACGCGUCUUCAGUCAUGUCUGCGACAUUAUUCACCGAACCCACCGCGACACCGUCGCAGCCUGCAGGUACGGUCCUCUUCACGUCCGGUGGCACCGUCACCAUCAACGCGCCGGCCUCGGUUGUUUUUGACACCAUAACGGGAUUUUCACGGUACGACCGAUGGAACGACUGGACCCCUUCGCUCAAAUUUGAGGCUGCGGAUGAGGAAGUCAAGACCGGACUGACCGGCCUUCUCAAGACGCACAUGGGAGCGCAAGCUCGCGAUUACGACGUUCCCGUCGAGAUCAUUGAGCUGAGCCGCUCGCCCGCCAAAUUCAGGCUCUGUUGGCGAAGCAAGUUGCUGCCGUCGUGGGCACUGACGGCCGAGCGGGUCCAGGAAGUCACGCCGGUGGACGGCGCCGGUCAGACGUGCCAGGUUCGUAACUGGGAGUCCAUGGGGGGACCGGCGGCCUAUGCGUUCAAGUAUCUAAUGGGAAUCCCUGCGCAACUCAACGAGUUGAAUGUCAUGUACCUCGAUAGGCUGAAGGAGUACAUCGAGAAGGAACAGAUGAAAUCGUAACCUCUGCCAAGUCAAAGAUUCUGUGUCACUUUCGAAGAUCAGUG